UCCUUUAGCUCAAACUUUGCUUUAAUUGACUUUAAGAAGGGUCUCUCUCAUGGCGCUUAUGGAUUUUCCCUUCGUAGAUGGAUUUUCCUUUCGUAGAGAGGUUAUAGGUAAUAGAUAAGCGUUGGAAGAGGAAAGAAGUUGGAUCGAGAUUUUCUGGAACUCAUCUUUCUGGUUUCUUGAGGAAAACUAUUUUUUAAUGUGUUGGACGAAGAAUGAAGGAAGAGGGCAUUAUUGCUCUAAAAAACAUGAUAAUAUCUGGGGAUAUGUAUGUGGUCAGGAAUCGAGUCGAUUGAGCAUGUCGAGAAUCCUUCGUAUUUUAUUGUUUCUACUGCUUCCGACAUGCAUCUUCAGUAUAUAUGUUAAUGGACUGAAGAUCUCAUACUUCCUUCGACCAUUAUGGGAAUCGCCGGCGAAACCUUUCCGUGAUAUCCCGCAUUAUUAUCACGGGAAUGUGUCGAUGGAGAAGCUCUGUAAACUUCAUGGUUGGGGGAUUCGUAAGUUUCCGAGAAGGGUUUAUGAUGCAGUUUUGUUUAGCAACGAAGUGGAUAUUCUCAAAAUACGGUGGCAAGAGUUGUACCCUUACAUUACACAGUUUGUUCUUCUUGAGUCCAGUUCAACAUUUUCAGGAAUUCCGAAGCCUAUGGUUUUCGCUAGCCAUCGAGAUCGAUUCAAAUUUGUUGAGCCCCGGUUGACUUAUGGCACAAUUAGAGGAAGGUUUAAGAAAGGAAAAAACCCUUUUAUCGAGGAGGCUCGGCAGCGAGAAGCAUUAGACCAGCUCCUCAAAAGAGCAGGAAUUGCCGAUGAUGACUUGUUGAUAAUGUCAGAUGUCGACGAGAUACCGAGCAGGCAUACGAUCAACCUCUUGCGAUGGUGUGAUGACAUACCUCAAGUUCUUCAUCUUCGGAUGAAGAAGUAUCUAUACUCAUUCGAGUUUUUUGUGGAUGAUAAGAGUUGGAGAGCAUCGGUUCAUAGGUAUCAGACUGGUAAAACGAGGUAUGCACAUUGUAGGCAGGCAGAUGAGACUUUGGCUGAUGCAGGGUGGCAUUGCAGUUUUUGCUUCCGUCGCAUCAGCGAGUUCAUAUUUAAGAUGAAAGCUUACAGCCAUAAAGAUCGAUUGAGGUUCUCUCUUCACUUGAACCCGAAACGAGUUCAGAGAGCAAUCUGCAAGGGCGCGCUUCUGUUCGACAUGAUCCCUGAAGAGUACACAUUCAAGGAAAUAAUCCGGAAAAUGGGACCUAUACCCCAUUCCUUCUCGGCUGUUCAUCUUCCUUCGUAUCUUUUACAGAACGCGGAUGAAUAUAAGUUUCUUCUACCUGGAAAUUGUUUGAGAGAGAGAGAGCCAAUUUACUUGUAGGAUAUUCAGAUCGUACCUCUUAUUUGCUGUUAAUUCUAAAUCUUCCUUGUGAAA